GGCGUGGCGAGGCAGCGUUUCCGCCUGCGGGAGGCAGCGCCAGGCCGCUCGCCGGCGCCUGGCACGGGUCAGUCGGCAAGCCGCGCCCUCAGCUGCCGCUCGCGCGGCCAGCCGAGGAGGGCCAUGGAACUGGAGAUGGAGCUGCUGCUGCAGAAGGCCCGCGAGAACGUGGAGGCGGCGCAGAGCUACCGGCGGGAGCUGGGCCAGCGACUGCAGGAGGCGCAGAGGCAGAUUAAAGAGAGUGCAUCACGAACAAGGGAUGUCCUCAAACAGCAUUUUAGUGAUUUAAAGGAGACCCUUGGGAAGCUCCUGGAUGAGCGCCUGGUGACUCUUUUGCAAGAGGUGGACACCAUUGAGCAGGAGACCAUUAAACCACUAGAUGACUGCCAGAAGCUCAUAGAGCACGGAGUGAACACUGCAGAGGACUUAGUCCAAGAAGGUGAGAUUGCCAUUCUUGGAGGUAUAGAGGAACAGAAUGAGAAACUGUGGAGCUUUACCAAAAAGGCCUCACACAUUCAGUUGGACAGUUUACCGGAAGUACCUUUGCUGGUUGAUGUGCCUUGCUUAUCUGCUCAGUUGGAUGAUUCCAUUCUGAACAUAGUGAAAGACCACAUUUUUAAGCAUGGGACUGUAGCAUCCCGUCCACCAGUACAGAUAGAAGAGCUGAUAGAGAAGCCUGGGGGCAUCAUCGUGCGAUGGUGUAAGGUGGACGAUGACUUUACAGCCCAAGAUUACAGGCUUCAGUUCCGUAAAUGCACUUCACAUCAUUUUGAAGACGUAUACGUAGGAUCUGAAACUGAAUUCAUAGUACUGCACAUAGACCCCAAUGUUGAUUAUCAGUUCAGAGUCUGCGCUCGAGGAGACGGCCGACAGGAGUGGAGUCCUUGGAGCAUCCCCCAAAUAGGUCAUUCCACAUUGGUGCCUCAUGAGUGGACAACUGGCUUUGAGGGGUACAGUUUGAGCAGUCGAAGAAACAUAGCACUUCGGAAUGAUUCUGAAUCCUCAGGUGUUCUCUACUCCAGAGCUCCGACCUAUUUCUGUGGACAGACAUUAACAUUCAGGGUUGAAACUGUGGGGCAGCCAGACCACAGAGACAGUAUAGGAGUGUGUGCAGAGAAGCAGAGCGGAUGCGACUCUCUACAGCGGGACCAGGCGGUGUGCAUCAGUACCAAUGGUGCAGUUUUUGUAAAUGGAAAGGAAAUGACAAACCAGUUGCCUGCAGUUACCUCUGGAUCUACUGUCACAUUUGACAUCGAAACUAUGACUCUUGGAACCACCAAUAAUAAUGAAGGCGGAAACUUUAAGCUCCGAGUAACUAUUAGCUCGAAUAACAGAGAAGUGGUUUUUGAUUGGUUACUUGAUCAGUCUUGUGGUUCUCUUUACUUUGGAUGCUCGUUUUUCUAUCCUGGAUGGAAAGUGUUAGUGUUUUAGACUUUUGGAUGCUUGGCUUCAGUUUGCAAAGUUACCAUUGCUGUCUUCAGCCUAGUGUAGUUGUAACUGAUUAAAGAAAAGUUGAAUUCAUCUCUCAGGCCUUUGGAAAUUGAAGAUGUUUACUGGAUUCAUUUUGUAAUACAGUAUUUUAGCAAUAAGAGAAUUGAACAGUGUGGACAAAAAGUAAUUCUGUCGAUUUUUUUUUUUAGCACAUUGUUAAUUAAAAUAUCAUUAUAAUGAAAAUCAAAUUAGUUAUAAAAGUCUAAGAAGAUACAAAAAAGUCCUAUACCCCUCUAUGGUAGUUUUUCUUACACUUAGAAUAGAAGAACUUAAUGUACCGAUAUUUUAUUAAAUAUAAUCCAUCAGGAUUGAAGUUCCCAUAAAACUUUGGAAUAAAACAACAGGAAUAGACCCCACAGAAGCCAGAGUUCUGUCACAUGCGUUCAUUUGUGUGUCCUCCACAAGUGUCCUGACUACACUCCAAGUUCAGGUAUUUGGAAACAACGUUGAGUUUUAUUCCAUGUUCAGGAAUCUUUAUGCCUGGGAAACUAUCCUUUCUGCGUUUUUUCACAGUGCCUGUACAUUUCUGUAGUAGGCAGUAUUAUCUUUUGCUCUUUCCCUGCAUGAUUCUGGAUAGGCUUGAGGGUUUGUGCAGGGUGAAACUCCUCAGGAUGCAGCAGUGUUAGCCAUUGCACAUGUGCGGUCUCAGUGGCGUGUGUCCUAUUUGUGGUGUGAACUGUCAUCCAGUUUAAUGUCAGUUGAUAAGUGGUCUUUUAGUGGACCAAAGAAAUACAGGGUAAAACUUGACCUACUUUUUUAAACUUCAAUUUGUGUAAAAUAUUUAUUUGAAGGACUUACUUAAUAUGUAAAAAUAAUGGCCUUAACUUACUAUACCAGCCUACAGAUUUUUAAAAUGUGAAUUUUCUUUUCAUAUUUACCAGUAGUAGAAAAGUGGGAAAGCAAUUUUGAUAUUUUUGUAAGAUAAUUUAUUUGGGGAUUCAUGUUCCCUAUUAGACAAUCAUGAACUUUCUCUUUGCCUUUAUAAAUGUAAGUAGCCUUUCACAUGUUUAGUGACUAUUAAGAGGUUCUAGCAUGUAGAUUUCUUGUCCAGCUGUCUGAAACAAAAUAAAAAACUCAAAGUUAAA